UUCCCAUCCAGCACCUUUUCUUCUUUCUGCAACACCAUGGAUGACGUCGAGCAAUUGUUUCAAUGUUUCAAUGCUUCAAGUGCGGCAUCUCUCCUCCCCGUAGGCCUGUCUCUGUUCAUUCUCUUUCUUUGCAUUUGAAUUCCUUAGGCAAAACUGAAUUUGGAUUUCAUACCUCGAAAUCGAAGAAGAAUAGAAAGAUGAUCUUCUUUCACUAAAUAAAACUUCAAAUCUAUUCCGAGUUUCAUCAAUUAAAGUCCUGAAUCAAAGAUUUUGAUUUGGCUUAUUUGAGAUGAUAGUGUAGUUCUUAGUUCCAUGUUUUGUUUUCGCAGAACUUACUUUCCAAGGAAGGAAAAGAAACAGGAGAGUUCAGUGUAGAACGAGGUCUUUGCAUCAUCAGGCCUAGAACCACCAGGAAAGAGGCAGGAAAAUGCCACAGACGCACAGCUCUCCACGGAGAGUGUAAGUACUUUGGAUUGCUUUUGUUUCAGCCAUAUCCAUGUCUUUCGAUUUGGUUUGCAAAAACUUCUACUUCUGUGAUUGUCGUGGAUUGCUAUUUUCUGAUUUUGUUAAAUGAUUGCUAUUAGAGUAUUAAGUAUUGUUUUGGCAUUUUAGAGUAAUUGAUGAGUAAGCAAAUUAAGAUUUGAGUUCGUUGUUGUGGUUUUAUCGUUCUCAAUUUGUUGUUUUCUAGUUUGCCCAUUUUGUUUCCUAAGUCUUGCCCAGUCAUAUUUUGACUCAUGUUGGUUCCUUAAGUAGAAAAUAAAAUAAAAUGUUUGGAUUUUUGUUUUGGGGAUUUUGACAGUCCACCAACUGGGAUUGGUCAAAAUGGAGAGGAAGUAAGAAAAGGGUGGACCUUUUGUGUCUGCAGCAUUUGAUUUGGUUGGACUUAGGUGUUAGGUCUCCAUUGGCUUUGAUGGAAUUCAAGAGUUGGGGUCCUUGGGGAUUCAUAUUUUUCUGCCAUAUAAAUCAGUUAAAUUCUG